CUAAAUAAUUUCCAACUUUUGUCCCCGGAUAAUUCUGAUACUCGUCGACUGAUCUAGUCGCUGCUCUCGCCACUCUACUCUUCAGAUAAUUGAUUAAACGUGGGUCUUGUUUUCUCGACAACCGAGAUGUUAAUGGCUUUGCAUUCCCCACGGGCCGAAACCCCGACAUCCAGCGUGUUCGUAUCUGAUCGGCAUGUUUCAAGUCAUGAAUUCCACGAAUCAGUUCAUGCUAUCCAUGGUAAAAGGAAGAAGACCCGGCGCAAAGAUGUUCUGAAUUAUUUACUUCUCCCGGAGCCGAUUGAGAGGACUUGUCGGACUUGUGUAUAUAUAAUCUUGUCAGUUCCCCCAGCCAUGAGGGAGUGUUGCACAAGCAGUUGAUCUGUUGUCGAUCCUUCUAUAUUCCUCUCCUUUGUCCUCAUUUGUUGCAUUCCGAGCUCUCGUUACGAUGAAAUUCCAAAACCUCUUCUUUGCUGCCGUAGCUGGCUCUACGGUUGCUGCUCCUCUGGCUAAGGAGCAGAAGAAGAGGGAUUCAGUUUUCCAAUGGUUUGGCGCCAAUGAGUCAGGAGCUGAAUUCGGCGAGAACAACCUCCCUGGCGUAUGGGGUACAGAUUAUAUCUUCCCGGAUGUCUCGGCCAUUACCACCCUGAUUGAUAAGGGGAUGAAUAUAUUCCGUAUUCAAUUCAAGAUGGAGAGGUUGGUUCCGGACUCGAUGACGGGGGCAUACGAUGAGGCCUACCUGACGAACUUGACAACAGUGGUCAAUGCCGUCACUGAUGCGGGUGUGCAUGCUAUCCUGGAUCCCCAUAACUAUGGCAGAUUCAAUGGCGAGAUCAUUUCCACUGCAUCCGACUUCCAAACAUUCUGGAAGAACCUGGCAGGACAGUUCAAGAGCAACUCUUUGGUUAUCUUCGAUACCAACAAUGAAUACCAUGACAUGGACCAAGAGCUGGUUUUGAACCUCAACCAAGCCGCCAUCGACGGGAUCCGAGAGGCUGGCGCCACGGAGCAAUAUAUCUUCGUUGAAGGUAACUCGUGGACCGGGGCCUGGACCUGGACCGAUGUGAACGACAAUAUGAAGAACUUGGAGGAUCCCCAAGACAAGAUCGUCUACCAGAUGCACCAGUAUUUGGACUCGGAUGGGUCAGGUACCUCCGAGGCCUGCGUGUCUGGUACGAUUGGCCAGGAGCGCGUCACCAGCGCUACUCAGUGGCUCAAGGACAACAACAAGGUCGGUAUCAUCGGCGAGUUCGCCGGUGGAAACAACGACCAGUGCAAAACCGCCGUGAAGGGAAUGCUGGAUUAUCUGGCGGAGAACACCGACGUGUGGAAGGGUGCGCUUUGGUGGGCUGCUGGUCCAUGGUGGGGGGAUUAUAUGUACAAUCUGGAGCCUCCAAGUGGAGUUGCGUUCACGGGAAUGAUGGACGUUCUGCAAGCAUACCUGGGAUAGGAACACUGCGAAGGACAGAGUGUGAGAUGAUCUCAGGUUGUCAUUCUUGCCAUUCCGGUGCUGAGCACAUUGCGGAUAGUUCUAUUUCAAAAUAUUCUAAAUUUCACGGUCGGCAAAAGAAAACGGCAAAGUACGUCUGUACACGUAAAUCAAGUUGUUGACGGUUCAAGCGAUAAACUCGGGAAUACUUCUGACAUGAAUGGAAUGACCUACCGAUUCGUAGGGCAUAGACCAAGAAGCACAGCCCCGGUCCGUGGAUGGGUACGAGUCUAACCCUGUACAGUCAUCUGGUGGC